AUGCCGGCGCUGUCACCGACAAUGCAGGCAGGUAAUAUAGGAGCAUGGCAGAAAAAUGUUGGCGAUACACUGGCACCCGGUGAUGUCUUAGUCGAGAUCGAGACGGAUAAAGCGCAGAUGGAUUUUGAGUUUCAGGAAGAGGGCACUCUUGCAAAGAUUUUGAAGGAGACUGGCGAGAAGGACGUCGCUGUUGGAAGUCCUAUUGCGGUCAUGGUCGAAGAGGGUGAAGACGUAUCAGCCUUCGAGAACUUCACCAUGGAGGAUGCAGGCGGCGAAAAGUCUCCACCAAAGGAGGCUCCGAAAGAGGAAGCAUCAGAAGCGACCGAGUCACCAGAUUCGGGUUCGCCUACAGCACCACCAAAAGGUGGUGAAGAAUCCAAGGAACCUGCGCCCGAAGCCCAGGAAGCUGACACGACCGGCGAAAAACUCGAGGCUGUCAUCGAUCGACAGCCAAAUGUGACAUACGGCGCGAAGCAACUUGCACUUGACAAGGGUGUGCCGCUCAAGGGGCUCAAGGGAACUGGCCCUGGUGGUCGAGUCACCGCUAAGGACGUUGAAGGUUACAAAGCUCCAGCAGGAGCACCGGCUACCGCGGCAGGCCCUGCCGCCUACGAGGACAUUCCAGCUAGCUCCAUGCGAAAGACCAUCGCCUCAAGGUUGAGAGACUCGAUGAACCAGAACCCUCACUUCUUUGUGUCUAGCAACCUCUCCGUGACUAAGCUGUUGAAGCUAAGACAAGCAUUGAACACUUCUGCAGAUGGCAAGUACAAGUUGUCAGUGAACGACUUCCUGAUCAAGGCUUGUGCCGUAGCAUGCAAGAAGGUUCCUGCUGCCAACUCCAGCUGGCGCGAGAUAGAUGGUCAGACCGUGAUCCGAGAACACAAAACAGUCGAUGUUAGCGUGGCAGUCGCUACGCCUGUCGGGCUUAUGACUCCUAUCGUCAAGUCGGUAGACAGCAUCGGACUAGUAGCCAUCUCAAGCGCAGUCAAGGAUCUCGCAAAGAGAGCUCGCGACGGAAAGUUAAAGCCUGAGGAAUAUCAAGGUGGCACAUUCACAAUAAGCAACAUGGGUCAGAACGACGCUAUUGAAAGAUUCACUGCCGUUAUCAACCCUCCUCAAGCUGGAAUAUUAGCGGUCGGCACAGUUCGCAAGGUCGCAACUCCGGUCGAGACUGAGGAGGGCACCAUUACCGAAUGGGACGAACAGAUCGUUGUUACGGCCAGCUUUGACCACAAGGUCGUAGAUGGCGCUGUGGGUGCUGAAUGGAUCAAGGAGCUAAAGAAGGUGGUUGAAAAUCCUCUGGAGAUGAUGCUAUAA